AUGUCUUCCUACUUCUAUGAGCUGCCGACGACGGGGGCUAUAUACUUUGCAAGUUUCUUCAGUGAUCAGACUGCAACAUACAUCACCGAGAUUGCCCAAGCAACGGAAGCUCGAGCGAACCUGCGCGCUGCUCUGAAGGAAAACAAACGGGCCGAUGUCGAUGAGAAGGAUUACCUGAAGCUGGUGAAGGUUCUCGAUGAUUACAUACCGCAGCUAUACGGUAUUUUUGACUGCGUGAAGCAAGGAGAGUUCGGUCUCAAAGCCGAACCUAUAUUCAGCUGGCGCACUACCCUGUCAUCGACGCUCUUCCAUAGUUCUCCUCGAUUAACUAUCCCAACGCUUUCCACUGAGCUGGUCUUCACCCUGCUGACCUACGCCUUCGCGCUCUCCAACCUGUCGCGCACAGUAGUGCAUUCGCUCGGGGCAUACGAGCAGGAUCGCGCAAUGUCCGAUACAGAGCGCAAAGUUAAGGAUGAGCGCCUUGGUUUCGCCGUGACGCUCCUGUGCAAAGCCUCAGGCAUUUUCGAGUACGCUGGCAAGGAGUGCCUAGGAGAGUGGGAGCGGGAACGAGACCGUGUGCUUGCAGCCGGACUCCCCUGCCCACAUCCCCCUGAUCUAAGCAGAGAAGUCGUAAUUGGCCUGAGCAAGAUGGCACUCGCAGACGCACAAACGCUCGCCAUCCGCAAGCUCUUAUCCAAAGCCUCCUUCGACAGUGCAUUCACCCCGGGCCCUCCCCUGCCCAAGUCGCACCCCUCGCCCGUCCUCAUAGCGAAGCUGCACUUGGAGUGCGCCUCGCUCUACUCCACCGCGCGUUCGCUCGCCAAGACGCCCGGCGACUCGCGCUCCGCGUCUUCCAAGUCAAAAUUCAAGCUCCAACUGGGCAGGGACAGGGGCAAGGCUCCGGACGAUGCGGGUGAGGAGGUCGCGCCGGAGCUGCGGCGGUACCUCUCGGACGAGGUCGCGUUCCACGCCGCGCUCGCGCACAAGUGGCUGGGUGUUGACGCGGGCGAGCAUGGUGGCACGAGCCAGUGCGGACACGCCGUUGGAUUCCUCGUGUGGGCGAAGAAGGAGCUCGAGGAGCUGAAGAGCGGUGGAGGCGUUAUGGAGACAGAGAGGGAGAAGCAGAUGCGGGAACGCAGACGAGAAAAGGUUGCUGAGGAGCUGGAACGUGUGACUGUCUUCCUGAAGGGAUACAAGACGAUAAACGAUACGGUCGCCUUCCAGCCCGUCCCCCCGCAGUCGGACCUUCAAUCAUCCAUACCUGCAGGACGAUUAGCGGUUGCGGUGAGAGAGUACCAAAGGCCGAGCCCUGCGUUUGGCCCGGGAUCGGUGGAAUACGUGCAGCGGCAAGCGGAGCAGUUGCAGCUUGGUGCAAACACUGAAAAUGAAGGCGAAACGGUGCCGCCCAUAGAUACUUCGAGUCCACAUUCCAGCAGUUCAUAUGCGGGUGCUGGCUCUUACUUUUGA